UUUUCAUCAAGCCGUCCAUCUCUGAUUUUUGUCGUUUUAGCGGUGUGGCCGAAACAUUUCGCUUUGUAGUAUUUAAUUAUGAAAGUUUGAAUUUAAUUCUACUAUAUUUCUUUAUCUUCUCGCGUAAGUCGAUCGCGUGAUUUUCGUUUAUAUUUCGAAGGUAAUUAAAACUCGACAUUUUCAAGAUGCCAAGAGUAGCUAAGAAACCAACGGCAAAACGCGCGAAAGCCGCUCAGAAUCACAACGGUGCCGGUGAUGCUAGCGACGAUCAAAGUGAAGCUAUUACUUCGAAUAAAAACGAUCUCGCAGAUCUGAAUAAGACUUACACAAAGUCUGAUGUUCCUCAAACUGCAAACGAUGACGCCAAAAAUGAUUCCGAAAGUGGUUCCGACCAGGAAGAAAACGACGCCGAUGAAAACGCCAAAGUUCAAAAUGGUGACAGUAAUGAUCAAGGUUCCGAUUCGAAUUCUGAAGAAGUGAAUGACAGCCCAAAGAAAUCGAAGAAAGGAAAGACCACCAAAAAAGCGGCACCGAAAGCAAAACCCGAGAAAGAGCAGGAAUUAUCUGAAAAUGACGAAAAUGAUGAUGAAACCGGCGAAGAAAAACAAGCAUCACCGCCUAAACGUAAUGCGAAAGAUAAAUCAGCCGACGAACCACCUUCCAAGAAGGGUCGCGGCAAAGCUGCAGUCGCCGAAGAAAAACCUAAAUCUGCUCGUGGACGUAAACAGAAACAACCGACAAACGCAUCCGAAGAUGUGAAAGACGAAGAAGAGGAAGAAGAGAAACCAAAGCGUCAACCUAAAAAUAAGCGAGAAAAACCAGUUCCUGAAAAAACCGCCGCUUCUACGAGACCUUCGCGUGCCAAGAAAAACAAUAAAGUAUCGUACGCCGAAUUAGAAAACGACUUCGAAGACGACGACGUAGGCAGUUCUAAAAAAGCUAAGAAGACUGUUACGAAGAAAGCCGCUGAAACAAAAGAAGCUAAAGGUAAACGUGGUCGUCCGGCUAAAAAAGACGUCAUCGAAGAAGAAAAUGACGACGAAGUCGACCCAGCUGAAGCCGAAGUUGAUUCGGAACCGGAACCCGAAGUGAAAAAGAAACCCGCCAAAUCGGCCCCUAAAAAAGCUAAAGCUCCUCCUAAGAAAAAGAAAGUUAAAAAUGCCGUUGCUGAGGAAGAAGAAGAAGAUGAAAAGGAAAAAGAAGAUAGUCCCGUUGAAGGCGAUGUCGAAGUUGAAGCUUGAGUUUGUGAAUACAUCGCGCGUAUUAUCUCUUAUACAUUUUAAGAUAUACCACAAGACCGUUUUCCUAUACACGCAUUCUCGUCGAACUAUUUUUACAUGUUAAAUUACGAUUCAUUUUAAAAAGCUAAUUCUAUUUCUCGAUUGUAUUUAUUAGUGUGAGUAUCGAUUAAUUUCCUAUUUUUUUUUUUUUUUUAAUUUCAUAACUUGUCUUUUUUCAUCUUGAAGCAGUUAAUGCCUAUCUAGGGUAUUCCCAGUGUGUACAAUCGAUCAUUUGAAUUUGUUUGCUUUUUCUCAAGUUUGAAUAUUUUUAGUGUUUUGUUAGUUGUACCUCAAGUUUUCAAUUUUUAAACGUAAGUUUUUAAUAUUUUGAUUAUCGUUUGUAAUUUAUAUUUGGGAUUAAAAAUAUUUUAUAUUC